CACCAUCUCCCUCAAUACUCCUCAACUCAUUCUCUCUCCUCGCCUCUGUUUCUCUCUCUACAACAGAACUUCUGAAGAAGUCGCCAUGGCUAAAGCAGUCGCCUUCUUCAUCUUUAUGACCCUCCUCCUCUGUAUCUCCUCAACACAUGCAGCCAGUCGUCACCCCGCCGCAGAUGAGCCUAGCUCUGCUCAGGGUUUCGAUGAAGAGCAGGCGGAUUUGAGCUGUGAUGGAGUUGGGGAAGAAGAAUGUUUGAUGAGGAGAACUCUGGUGGCUCACAUUGAUUACAUUUACACACAGGGGAAGAUUCAUGACUGAUCUUUGGCUAUGGAUUAGGGCUUCUAGGGUUUGGAAUUUCUAUGCUGGUUUUCUGAAUGUAAUCAUCCAUGUUUAUAUCUGAAUAAUGAUGAUAAUGGCUUUGGGGAUUU